AUGUCUGGCAGAGGUAAAGGCGGUAAAGGUCUCGGCAAGGGUGGCGCUAAGCGUCACAGAAAGAUCUUGAGAGACAACAUCCAAGGGAUCACCAAGCCCGCCAUCAGAAGAUUGGCCAGAAGAGGUGGUGUCAAGCGUAUCUCGGCCUUGAUCUACGAAGAAGUGAGAAUCGUGCUUAAGCAGUUCUUGGAAAACGUCAUCCGGGAUGCCGUUACUUACACCGAACACGCCAAGAGAAAGACCGUGACUUCGUUGGACGUCGUCUACGCCUUGAAGAGAUCGGGGAGAACCUUGUACGGUUUCGGUGGUUAA